AUGAGCACUCAUGCAAUUGAAAAACCGAACAAAGAAGCUAAAUUGAGUCUAUUUUCUAAGGGUAAAGAGAUUCAGUUUUCUGCACUUCCAUCAGUACCAUCAGGACCUACUAUCGUAAAGGCUCAGAAAGAUACGAAUCCCGAUUUAGUUUUCGCAAAGCCAUUCAAAAUCGAAGAAAUCCUUGAAGAGAUCAAGAAGGCCAAGGAAAAUACAGGAAAUCAGUUCACAAGAGCUUCAAAAGGCUACAUUUCACUCAUGAAUUAUAUUAAUGACACACAAACAAGAAAAAGAGGCAAGCAACAGUUCAACCCUUCAAAAGGCUUCAGCGCUGAAGCAGAGCUUACUAUCAAAAACGAAGAUAGAUAUAUCCCGCAAUCUUGGAUGAAGAGAGCCAACGUUUGGGAAGACGAAUCAUUUGAUGCAUUCCAAUACUCAGUCAAUAUGCUCCUUAACAGAUUGACUGAAGGCCAGCUAGCAUCAACAAUUUCUCAACUUGAGCAACAUAUCAAGGAAGACAAGCAUAUCGCAUAUACAGCUACGUUCAUUGUUGAAAAAGCUCAGAUUGAGCAUGCUUUCGCACCUCUCUACGCCAAGUUUAUUAAGAAUGUUUCGAUUGCAAAAUUACGUGAUCGUGUUCUCAAUAAAACGAUCGAUGAACUUGAUGACUUCCUCAUCAACGUUCCAAGUACAGAAGAAGAAGCUCUCAAAGCCAAAGGAACGUCCAAAUUUUUGUCAUCAAUCAUCUCAAACGGAAUUUUGGAGCAGGCAAAUGGCUUAAACAAGCUUACCGAUAUUCUUAAGAAGCUCAAGGAGACAGGCAACGAGAAUAUUGUCGGAAUGCUUGAAACAUUUGUAAUGAACUCCGAAAAAGACUUUGUUUUGGCAAUUAAGCCUGAACAAUGGACUAUUUUCGACGAAUGCCUCAAGGCUGAGAACCCAUCAACCUACAAAGGCUGCAUGCUCUUGAACAUUCAGGAAUUAAGAGAACAAAUCCUCAACAACCGCCAAGCCACAAGAAAAGUGGUCGCAGAAACAAAGACAGCAGAUGAAGUGAUCGAAGUUAUCCGAAAUCUCUAUUGCGAUUUUACAGAAGGAACUAAAUUGGCCGAAAUUUCAGUUGACGCCAACCAAUUCUUACAAACAGCAUUGCAGCAACUCCCAGAUCAUGUCAAAGAUGCUGCCUGCUACGCAACUUUCCUCGGCCACGCAAUUCCAAAAUGUAAACUCAACGGAUCUAAGCAAUACGCGCAAAUCUGUACAAAAUACUCUAACAAAAUUACAGAACAGAAGAUUGCCGACGAAUACCCUAAGAUUUGGCAAGCUUUCUUCAAGAUUAUCGUUGGAUUAUUUACAUUUGGCCAUCUUUCCAAAGAAAAAGCUACAGCGAUCACACAAACAUUCCCAGAUGCCAAAGAUGCCAAAGUUAACUUCCUGGAAGAAGCCAAAUGGUUCUUAUACGAUAAUUACGAUUUCCAACAUCCCUUCAAGCCACAGAGCGUUGUACAUGAAAUAUCUGAUGCUCUUAUGAUGCCAGAGCAUAUUGACAACAGAGACCAAAAUUCUCCAUUAUCUCGUUUAAUUGCAGUUGCUACUUGCAGAGUUGUUGUUAACAAGGUCGUUGCACAAGUAGAUAAAUGCGAUGAAAUCAUCCAGAGAUACUCAAGACUCCUCAAUCAGAUAAUUAAGAAAUUACCUGAAGUAAUUGAGGAAGAAAUCAAUAUCGCUAACGAAGAAUACAGUUUCCCAUAUAACUACGAAGAAUUAUCCGCAAAGAUACAUUAG